GAUAACAGAUGGUGUUAGUGUCCGUACGCUGUUAGUGUUGUGAAGAUCAGACAAGGAACAGGUCACGUAUUCUCUCCUCUCACUGUCAUACCAAGGGCCUUGACAUCCCACUUGAGAAACGAUUACCCAGUCUGUCACAAUGGCAUUGAUCCCGUGAAGGAAAAAUCAUGUUAAUUGUGCUUGUAUUUUAGUGUUUAUAAGUCUGGUAACCCCUUCAACCCUUAGUAAGCAAACAAGAUAUGUUUUUUUUUUAUAUAACAUAUUUGAAAAUAGAAGAGGAUUCAAUUGAAGUUAAACUAACGUAAGGAAUAUUUCUUUGUAAAUAGAAAAAAAGAAGAAGAAGAAAGAAAGAAAGACAGAGAAGACUAAAGAAGUGAAAUAGUUUACCUUUGACCAAGACAAAGGGGCGAAACAUAUAUCACAGCAAAAGAUGGAAUUCAUUCUACCAUCGUCCUUACCUGAUAUAAUAACUCACCCCGAUUACUACCUCACCCAAACCAUUUCUUCCUCCUCCUCCUCUUCAUCCCCCUCCUCCUCUUCCUCUUCCUCCUCACCAUCAGCAACGUCAUCCUCCUCUUCUUCAGCAUCUGACUGCAGCGAAGUACCUAAGGAAUGGGCGGUGAACUUAGGGAUGGUGGUGUCCUUUUGUGUGAUGAUCAUCGGGUCGUUAACCUCCUUACUUUAUGUACUCUGGCUCACCAAUUCCGUAUACCAAGAAGAGUCAGGUACAUCAAAGACAUGACACCCGACACUGUACUGAUUAUCAACUUGGCGCUCGCUGACUUGUUCUACUCAUCCAUCAGUCUACCGUUCAUGUUCACUACCUACUAUCGUCUCUACAAUAACAAGAUGAACAACACUGAAGAGUGUCCUUGGGUGGAGGGUGAUUCGGCCUGUCAGCUAUCGGCCUUCUUACGGUACACCAACGCUAUCGUUGAAUGGACCACCCUGGGCCUGAUGGCUCUGGAGAGGUGCGUCACGAUAUACAACUAUCGGCACAGUAGAGCACCUAGCUCCUGGUUCACAUCCCGUAAGACUGCCGCCUACUGCUGUAUCAUCUGGCUGCUGGGGAUGACUUGUCAGCUUCCUACACUAACUGGGAAUUUCGGAACCUUUGGUUACAACCCAGACUACGUGAAAUGUGACUUCAUCUGCAGCGGGAUCCAUAGCAAGUGGCUUUCCCCCCGAGUCAUGUUCUUCGCCCUAGAGAGUAUGGUGCCCUGUAUACUGAUUCUUAUUGGUUACAUCAUCAUCCUUAUGCAGGUGUACAGCAGUAGCAAUCAUAUCCUCUCUCUUCUCAGGUCUCGGUCGACUCAACGAACAAUAGCUCUUCGCCGUAGUCGCACCACCCGGGUGAUCGUGGAGCUGCUGAUGGUGUACCUGGUGUGUGUCAUCCCCAUCUGCGUGUACAACAUCUCCCUGGGUAACAAGGUCAACAAACACAAGGAGGUGGGCAUUGUCCUCUACUGCAUCUAUUGGCUCCAGUAUUGUAUCAAUAACUUCAUCUACGUGGUAAGCAAUGAGAAGUAUCGCAGUGCCUACUGUCAGUUCCUCUCGUUCUUGUUAUGUCGAGAGAUUCCCCGACAACUUCCGCCUUGUUUGAAAACUGAACCGACCAGCGUGCAGAUUUACGCCAUCUCCGGCAGCCAGAAUCUUCAAACCUUGAGGGAGUCGCGGUUUAAAACGCCUUCAGAGUGUGAGGAGGAGAGACUUCAAGAGAUCCAGAGUGACUACGUCAGCCAAAACAAUUCUCCCUCCAGCACCGUCUCGUCGUUCACCAGGCCGGGUUAUCUGAAGGAGCUGAGCAAAAUUUCCCUGCAGGAACAUAAAGGGAAACCACCUCCACUGACCAGGACGUGUUCCAUAAGCCUGUCUUCGUCAUCCAGCACAGAGGUUCUGGUAAGGAAAAGCAGUCAGGAGAGCUCACCUAACAAGGACCAUCGAGAUGCUAAGAACAAGCUCAGGAGAACCUUUUCCUGGUAGAGGCGCCGUGUGACCCCGAGCCCUUGUAUACCUCACUUAAUACCCAGGUGUAACUCCAUUUGUCGACCAUUUACUCACAUUACUCACAAUUUCCUCAUAGCUACUUACCAUUACUCACUUUCUCCUCAUGUCCUCCCCUUCAGUUUAACUCUUAAGUCACUCAUCUGGUCCUUCACUCACCCAUACACGUUUUGUUUUACCGCGUUAGCUGCCUCACUUGUCACUUAUCAUAUUAGAAACAAUCUAAGUUGGCAUAGGUUAGGUUAGGUUAGGUUAGGUUAGAUAAGAGCGAAUAAUGGUUUAAAAAUCUGAUGGUUGAACCCAUUAAGGAAGAUGGUUGAACCCUUCAAGGACCAUUAUUAUAAAAAAUAAGAAUGUCUUGCAGAUAUAUAGCCAUAAAUAAAUAAAUAAAUAUAAUUAUAUAUAGGCUAUUAGUGACAUUUAUCAUUUGUCUACCUCCUUAUUUGCUAAGGAUACUUAACUAUAUUUGACUUGCUGUUUCUUGACCCAAUCUUAAGAAAUAUUACUCUCUCUCACAUACAUACAUACAUACAUACAUACAUACACUUCAUCCUUGACCACCGAAGGGUCAAGACGUA